AUGAACAACGUCCACAAAUUCGUCUUGUAUAUCUUUUACAUCAAGCCAUCGACAGCCAAAAAUGCCUCAGUCGCUAUCUCUCGACCAACCAGUCGACCAAUUACUGGCCCUCGCCAGGGAGAGGGUGCGGGAGGAGGGGUUAUGAUACUCUCGAAGGUCACAAAGUCAUCGGGGGGGUCUGUAUAUUGUCCUCACGGAGCCGGCAUGCCUUUCUUGGGAAAAGUUUACGCGGACCUUGCGCAACAGCCUUUGGAAGAUUACGCGGAGCGAUUUCAUCUAGAUUCCACUAUUCAGGAAGCUCUUUGUCCCGGACAAGAUACGCCUCCCCGAAAACCCCUGCUUGUUGUUUUACGUCUGUCUGCUGUACCUUCUGGCCCUCAAGGCCUCAAGCGUCAACGCUCUCCUAGCAUGGAAGACGAGGAUGUUAUGCCAUUCACAAAAAACUGGAGGAAAUUCAAAAUUCACGCCCUGAAAGGGAAAAUGCCCUCCAACGCCGCGAGAUCAAGCGACUAUGCCGUGAAUCAGUCUUCCCCUGACGGUGCCCUUCUAGACGGACGUUUCGUCUCCCAAUCUCCAGUCGAUACGACCGCCCCUCCCAUCGAGCUCUAUCAUCGCGCGUUUGCCCAGUUCACUGCUCUUACUCGGGACCCGGCCUUCCAGUUCCCUGACGACGAUGACAUCCUCAGUAACACAGCCGCAUUAAUACGAAGUUGUUCCAACAUCGAGAGGUACGAAGGACCGAGGAACACGAAGAUCCGCUCGAUCCUUGGGCGAAUCCUUCAUCUCCCAUUUGACCAUGUCGAAAAUGACGACAGAUCCGCCGCUGACUACACAUCCUCACACGGAACACCGUUGGAAUCUGUUGCGGCUGCGCGUGUCAUUGUAGAAGUAAAAGGAGAAUUGGGAUCAACGGGUACGGACCCCUCCGUCCAGGCAUCGUUCUCUUUCACCAGGUUCUAG